CCCGGCCACGCGCGGGCUCUCAGUCAAUCGAUCGAUCGAUCGAUCGUAUUUAUUGAGCGCCUACCGUGCGCAGGGCACUGGACUAAGCGCUUGGGAGGUACCCGCCUGUCAGCCCCGCCGCCGCCGCCGCCAUGGCCCCGGGCGGCGGGUGAUGAUGCGGUGACCCACCUCCACGAGCCAGGAGCCAUAGUUGAACUGAGAGCGAGAGACGUCCUCGCCCCUGUUGGAAGCUCUGCGUAAGGAGUCAGAUCUGUGAAUGAAGUCAGGAUGAAGAUGCUUCCCGGAGUGGGGGUCUUUGGGACUGGCAGCACUGCCCGAGUCCUAGUUCCUUUGCUGAGAGCCGAGGGCUUCUCUAUUGAGGCUCUGUGGGGGAAGACCGAGGAGGAAGCGAAGCAGCUUGCCGAAGAGUUGAAUAUUUCCUUCUACACAAGCCGGACAGAUGACAUCUUGCUGCACCAGGACGUGGAUCUGGUUUGCAUAAACAUCCCUCCUUCGCUCACACGACAGAUAGCUGUAAAAGCUCUAGGUAUUGGGAAGAAUGUCAUAUGCGAGAAGGCAGCUAGCUCGGUGGAUGCCUUCCGAAUGGUCACAGCUGCCCGAUACUACCCUAAGCUGAUGAGCCUGGUUGGGAACGCCCUGCGCUUCCUACCCGCCUUUGUCCGGAUGAAGCAGCUAAUCGAGGAGUGCUACAUCGGCACAGUGAUGAUCUGUGACGUGCGCGUCUACUGGGGCAGCCUCCUCAGCCCCGACUACAACUGGAUCUGCGACGAGGUGAUGGGCGGGGGCGGCCUGCACACGAUGGGCACCUACAUCGUCGACCUUCUGACCCACCUGACGGGCAGGAGAACGGAGAAGGUCCACGGCCUGCUGAAGACCUUCGUGAAGCAGAACGCAGCCAUCGGCGGGAUCCGCCAUGUCACCAGUGACGACUUCUGCUUUUUCCAGAUGUUAAUGAGCGGUGGAGUCUGCAGCACCGUGACUCUCAACUUCAACAUGCCCGGUUCCUUCGUCCAUGAAAUCAUGAUCGUGGGGUCCACCGGGCGUCUUAUAGCCCGAGGGACUGAUUUAUAUGGGCAGAAGAACACGGCGCUGCAGGAAGAGCUGCUGCUGACAGAUUCCCUGACGAUCAACGCAGGACUCCUAGAGGAGGGAUUUCAAGACAUCCCACUGCUGUACCUCAAGGGGAUGGUGUCCAUGGUGCAGGCCUUACGGCAGUCUUUCCAGGAACAAGAGGAUCGCCGGACUUGGGAUCACAGACCCGUCUCUAUGGCCGCCUCUUUUGAGGAUGGGCUAUAUAUGCAAUGUGUGAUUGAUGCCAUCAAGAAAUCCAGCAGGUCUGGGGAGUGGGAGGCUGUGGAGGUCAUGACAGAGGAGCCCGAUGCCAAUCAGAACCUUUGUGAGGCCCUUCAGAGAAAUAACCUGUGAGCUGGGGGUAGUUUGGUGAAUGGAGGUUUUGCCGGGGUGGGAAAUGAGGCAAAAGGACGGCCAUUACCAAAAAGUCAUUUGUCGUAUGACCACCCACUUGUGUCUUUUACAAGGUUCCGCUUUUCAUCCUUAUAGAUAUAACCCUUCCCGACCAGAUGAAGAACAUUUUUCUCUGUACCGUGGUUGAAAGGUUUGAACAGUCCUGCCUGUAGAGGGGAAUGACCGUUGUCUCAGGUUGUUAGUGAAACUUGAGUCAUCUUUCCCGCUUGCAGGAGCUGAGCCUCCACCACGGGGGAAGCAGAGGGAGCUGCGGGGAGGGAGUUGUUACGUGCGGCUCUGUGAAGAAGCACGGGAGCUGGGCGCGCACCUUCAAGCAGUUCCGUUACUUUAUAACUCAUUCAGUUGUAUUUAUUGAGCGUUUACUGUGUGCAAAGCACU